AUGGUACGACCAAGCUUAACGACUCUUCUUCUAAUCCCCGUUCUUAUAUUUUACUGUUCUUGUAGUAUAGAAUUUUGCACCGCCAUAGACACAAUUACAUCUACUCAACCCAUCCAUGACCCUCAAACUAUAGUCUCCAGUGGUGCCACCUUCAAACUGGGAUUUUUUAGCCCUAGUGUUAAUUCUACUAAUCGGUAUGUUGGUAUCUGGUACAAUGAUAUCUCUGCCAAGGCUGUGGUUUGGGUUGCGAAUAGAGAUACACCUCUGAAUGACUCCUCCAGGAUUAAGACAAUAUCCGAGGAUGGUAAUCUUGUGGUCCUGAAUGGACAGAAACAGAUUGUUUGGUCAUCAGAUGUUCCGAAUGCUUUGGUGAAUUCAAGUGCUCAGCUUUCAGAUUCUGGGAACCUUAUGUUGCGAGAUGAUUCCAAUGGAAACAUAAUAUGGGAGAGUUUUGAACACCCUUCUGAUUCUUUCUUGCCGGAGAUGAAAAUUAGUACUAACAAGUUUACAGGUAAGAAGACCCAGUUGACCUCAUGGAAAAGCCCUUCAGUUCCAUCCAGUGGAAGGUACAGUUUUGGCGUCAAUCCUACGAAUAUUCCAAAAGUAUGUGUUUGGAAUGGUAGUCUUCCAUAUUGGCGGAGAGGUCCAUGGAAUGGGCAGAUUUUUAUUGGCAUGCCUUACAUGUCGUUUGCAUACUAUAGCAGAUCUGAAGUUGCAGAUGAUAAAAGGGGAAAUGUAUAUAUGGGUUACACUUAUGCAGAUAAGUCUUCUCAUUUAUACCUUACCUUAAGUUCUAAUGGAUCUCUAAUGGAGAGGUACUGGGAAAAAGGAAAGGAGACUUGGGAAACUACGUGGGUGAGUCAAAAUAGUGAAUGUGAAGCAUAUGGCAAGUGUGGUCCAUUUGGAAGCUGCAAUGCGAAGGGUUUGCCAAUUUGCAAAUGUUUACAAGGGUUUGAUCCGAAGGAUAUAGAGGAAUGGAGUAGAGGGAAUUGGGCUAGUGGAUGUACAAGGAGGCGGCAAUUGCAGUGUGAGAGAUACAAUAGUGGUGGUGGAAAAGGCAAACAAGAUAGGUUUUUAAAGCUCAAGACAGUGAAAGUGCCAGCCUUUGCUGCGUCGGUAUUUGCUUCAGAAGACAACUGCAAAAGCCAGUGCUUCAAUAAUAAUUCUUGUAUAGCUUAUGGAUAUUAUAGCGGCAUUGGUUGUUUGCAGUGGAGUGGACAAUUAAUUGACAUAUAG